AUGGCAGGCUCGCGAUCCGGCCGGAGACAGACACAAAGCAAGCAGGGCUGGAAAUCACGAGAGAAACUAGGCCCACCCCCACCCACCCCUACCCCACCCCCACCCCUGCCUCAGGAAGGUUCCAGGGGAGAACCUCCCGCCCCCACCUCAGGAAGGUUCCAGAGAAGAACCCCGCUCCCACUCCAUCCAGGUCACAAGGGCUGGAGCUCCGAAGGGCCCAGGCCCCCUGAGCCAGGCAUAGAGGAGGAGGUCCGAGGAAAGAUGGCCGGCAGUCACCCCUACUUCAACCUGCCCGACUUCACCCAGCCAUCGCCGCCCUCCACUCCUCCCAGCCUCCCCUCGCACCAGCGCUGCCGGCCCUCCGAUGCCACCAAGGGCCUGCUUGUGGCCCUGCUGGGUGGGGGCCUGCCCGCUGGCUUCGUGGGCCCCUUCUCUCGUAUGGCUUACCAGGCUUCCCACUUCCCCUCGCUGGAGCUGCUCAUCUGUCGAUGUCUCUUCCACCUCCCCAUUGCGCUACUACUUAAACUGCGCGGCGACCCUCUGUUGGGACCUCCCGACGUCCGGGCCCGGGCCUGCCUCCACGCCCUGCUCAACGUCCUCAGCAUCGGAUGCGCCUACAGUGCGGUUCAGGUGGUGCCGGCCGGCAACGCUGCCACGGUCCGCAAGGGCUCUUCCACAAUGUGCUCUGCCCUCCUCGCCCUCUGCCUCGAGAGCCAGGGUCUCAGCGGCUACGACUGGUGUGGCCUGUUGGGCAGCACCCUGGGACUCAUCAUCAUUGUGGGACCGGGACUAGGGACGCUGCAGGAGGGGACCACGGGCCUCUACACCGCCCUGGGCUACGUGCUCGCCUUCCUGGGUGGCCUGGCGCUGUCGCUGGGGCUGCUGGUAUACCGCUCUCUGGACUUCCCCUCUUGCCUCCCGACGGUGGCCUUCCUGUUUGGCUUGGUGGGGCUGGUGGGCUCUGUGCCAGGCCUCUUUGUACUGCAGACCCCUGUGCUGCCCAACGACCCUCUGAGCUGGAGCUGCGUGGGGGCGGUGGGGAUCCUGGCCCUGGUCUCCUUUGUGUGCGUGAGCUACGCGGUCACCAAGGUCCACCCCGCCCUGGUGUGCGCCGUCCUGCACUCCGAGGUGGUGGUGGCCCUGAUACUGCAGUACUACGUGCUCUAUGAGACAGUGGCACCUUCUGACAUCAUGGGGGCAGGGGUGGUGUUGGGUAGCAUUGCCAUCAUCACCGCCCAGAACCUCAGCUGUGAGAAGGAAGGGCAGGUGGAGGAGUGACAUCGAACUUGAGAGCCUGGGGGUUGGGGGUGGGGGGGGGCCGGGGGAAAUAGAAGGAGAAGGAGAGACUGGCAGGCAAGCAGGGGAGGGCACGUGACCGGGAAAGAACUGAAGAUGGGAGAGGGGCACCCCUUGGGAGUCAAGGGUGACCUGGGGACUCAGUGGAGAAGGGACUGUCUGGAAGAGCUGGGACGAGCGUGGGGAUCAAGAGAUCUAGGCUGGGGCUUGGGGAUCAGGACGUGACUGUGGAGUAAGUAAGGUCUGAGGAGCACAUCAAAGGGGUGAGGCAGGCCGGCCGUGAACCACGGGGAGGAUUUUCCCCUCAGUAGCAGACAGAAGAGCACUGGGGCUGGGCUGUUUGGGGCUUUCAGGCCAGCGGACAGAGCCAGCGGCCGGCGUGAGGGAGUGUGCCUUUUUCCCUGAGAGACAGUUUCCUUUCCUCAUGGUUAUGCUCCCCCCACCCCCGGGGUGGUGACGUGACAUUGACAUCAAACAAGGAUCGCUCUGAAUGUG